UUUGGAGAAGAGACACAGCAGAGGAAGACAGGAAGAGGACAGUGUACCACACAGCCGGCACUCAUCCGCAGCAGCCUCACAGCGCAGACAUGGCCACGAGCAUCUCUCUCUGCCUCUGGGUCUUCCUCCUGUACUGCCUCUCCAGUGUCAUCCAAGGAGAGCGAGCUAUGGACUGCUGCCUCAGGGUCAGCUAUGAGGAAAUCCCAAAGCAUAUCGUCAAGCGCUACACUCACCAGACCCGAGGCUAUGGCUGUGACAUCAGCGCUGUCAUCUUCACAACCAAGAGAAACCGGAACCUGUGUGCCCCUCCUGGCGUUUCCUGGGUGGCAGACGUGAUCAGCUACCUGGACAAGGAGCUGAAGAGGUGCAAGGAAAGGAGUUUUAAGGGUCAGAGAUGUAAGAGUCUGCGAGCUUGAACGUUUUGCGUCUCCUCUGGGGAAACAGGAUCACACACAACAGGAUCACUCCUCUGGGCUGCUUGGUCACUCAGGCAGGGAGUAAAGCCUAAAAUAAUUGCGAUUACUCCUCCAUUUGCAGACACUGUUGAUACAGAGGUGUCUAUUUUCAUUUGUACUUAUUAUAGUCUCUG